AUCCGGGCGGGGCGGAGGACAGCGACGGGCCUCGGGGCCGCCGUGGAUGGUGUCUAAAAUGAUCAUUGAAAACUUCGAGGCGCUCAAGUCCUGGCUCAGCAAGACCCUCGAGCCCAUUUGUGAUGCAGAUCCAUCAGCCUUAGCAAAAUACGUUUUGGCUUUGGUAAAGAAAGAUAAAAGUGAAAAGGAAUUAAAAGCAUUAUGUAUUGAUCAGCUUGAUGUAUUUCUUCAGAAAGAAACACAAAUAUUUGUGGAAAAACUUUUUGAUGCUGUGAAUACCAAGAGUUAUCUACCUCCACCAGAGCAGCCAUCAUCAGGAAGCCUGAAGGUAGAAUUUUUUCAGCACCAAGAAAAAGAUAUAAAAAAAGAGGAGAUUACAAAGGAGGAAGAGCGAGAGAAGAAGUUUUCUAGAAGGCUAAAUCACAGUCCUCCCCAAUCAAGCUCCCGCUACAGAGAAAACAGAAGUCGUGAUGAGAGAAAAAAAGAUGAUCGUUCUCGCAAAAGAGAUUAUGAUCGAAACCCUCCUCGAAGAGACUCCUACAGAGACCGGUACAAUAGAAGAAGAGGACGAAGUCGCAGUUACAGCAGGAGUCGAAGCCGAAGUUGGAGUAAAGAGAGGCUUCGUGACAGGGAUAGAGAUAGAAGCAGGACUAGAAGCAGAAGCAGAACACGAAGCAGAGAAAGGGAUCUAGUCAAACCUAAAUAUGACCUGGAUAGAACAGAUCCAUUAGAAAAUAAUUAUACUCCCGUCUCCUCGGUACCUAAUAUUUCAUCUGGCCACUAUCCUGUACCUACUUUGAGUAGCACCAUUACCGUAAUUGCUCCUACUCAUCAUGGGAAUAACACUACUGAAAGUUGGUCAGAAUUUCAUGAAGACCAGGUGGAUCACAACUCUUAUGUAAGGCCACCAAUGCCAAAGAAACGAUGUAGAGAUUAUGAUGAAAAGGGUUUUUGUAUGAGAGGAGAUAUGUGCCCCUUUGAUCAUGGGAGUGACCCAGUAGUUGUAGAAGAUGUGAAUCUUCCUGGUAUGCUGCCUUUCCCAGCACAGCCUCCUGUUGUUGAAGGACCACCUCCUCCUGGACUGCCCCCUCCACCACCAAUUCUCACACCCCCACCUGUGAACCUCAGACCCCCAGUGCCACCUCCAGGUCCCUUGCCACCCAGUCUCCCACCUGUCACAGAUGAUAUUUCUUAUUCUUUGAUUUUGACAGGACCACCUCCUCCACUUCCUCCUUUGCAGCCAUCUGGCAUGGAUGCUCCCCCAAACUCUGCAACCAGUUCUGUUCCUACUGUAGUAACGACUGGCAUUCAUCAUCAGCCUCCCCCGGCUCCACCCUCUCUUUUUACAGCAGAUACAUACGAUACAGAUGGCUACAAUCCUGAAGCCCCAAGCAUAACAAACACUUCCAGACCUAUGUACAGACACAGAGUGCAUGCACAGAGGCCUAAUUUGAUAGGACUAACAUCAGGAGAUAUGGAUUUGCCACCCAGAGAAAAGCCUCCCAAUAAAAGUAGUAUGAGAAUAGUAGUGGAUUCAGAAUCGAGGAAAAGAACCAUUGGGUCUGGGGAACCUGGAGUUCCUACAAAGAAGACUUGGUUUGAUAAAUCAAAUUUUAAUAGGACAAACAGCCCAGGUUUCCAGAAGAAGGUUCAGUUUGGAAAUGAAAAUACCAAACUUGAACUUAGAAAAGUUCCUCCAGAAUUAAAUAAUAUCAGUAAACUUAAUGAACAUUUUAGUCGAUUUGGAACAUUGGUUAACUUACAGGUUGCCUACAAUGGUGAUCCUGAAGGUGCCCUCAUACAAUUUGCAACAUAUGAAGAAGCAAAGAAAGCAAUAUCAAGUACAGAAGCAGUAUUAAACAAUCGCUUUAUUAAGGUUUAUUGGCACAGAGAAGGAAGUACCCAGCAGUUACAAACUACUUCUUCAAAGGUCAUACAGCCAUUAGUCCAGCAGCCCAUUUUACCUGUUGUCAAGCAGUCAGUUAAAGAGCGGUUGGGUCCUGUCCCUUCAAGUACUGUUGAACCUGCAGAAGCGCAGAGUGCUACUUCAGACCUUCCUCAGAAUGUAACUAAGUUAUCUGUGAAGGACAGGUUGGGUUUUGUAUCAAAGCCAUCUGUUUCAGCAACUGAAAAGGUGUUGUCUACAUCUACUGGCCUAACGAAAACUGUAUAUAAUCCAGCUGCUUUGAAGGCUGCACAAAAGUCUAUACUUGCUUCCUCUCUUACACUUGAUAAUAAUGAAGCACAGAAGAAAAAACAGGAAGCUCUGAAACUUCAGCAGGAUGUAAGGAAAAGGAAACAAGAAAUCUUAGAGAAGCACAUUGAAACACAGAAGAUGUUAAUUUCAAAAUUAGAAAAAAACAAAGCAAUGAAGUCUGAAGAUAAAGCUGAAAUAAUGAAAACCUUAGAGGUUUUGACAAAAAAUAUAACCAAGUUGAAAGAUGAGGUCAAAGCUACUUCUCCUGGACGCUGUCUUCCAAAAAGUAUAAAAACCAAGACUCAGAUGCAGAAGGAAUUACUUGACACAGAACUGGAUUUAUAUAAGAAGAUGCAGGCUGGUGAAGAAGUCACUGAACUUAGAAGAAGAUACACAGAAUUACAGUUGGAAGCUGCAAAGCGAGGGAUUCUUUCAUCUGGUCGAGGUAGAGGGAUUCAUUCAAGAGGUAGAGGUGCAACUCAUGGCCGAGGCAGGGGGCGAGGGCGAGGGCGAGGUGUGCCUGGACAUGCUGUGGUGGAUCACCGACCCAGAGCAUUGGAGAUUUCUGCAUUUACAGAGAGUGAUCGAGAAGAUCUCCUUCCUCAUUUUGCGCAAUAUGGUGAAAUUGAGGACUGUCAGAUUGAUGACUCUUCACUUCAUGCAGUAAUUACCUUCAAGACAAGAGCAGAAGCAGAAGCAGCUGCUAUUCACGGAGCGCGCUUCAAAGGGCAGGAUUUAAAGCUGGCAUGGAACAAACCAAUGACGAGUCUUUCAGCUGUGGAGACAGAAGAGGUUGAACCCGAUGAAGAGGAAUUUCAGGAAGAGUCUCUGGUGGAUGACUCAUUACUUCAAGAUGAUGACGAAGAGGAGGAGGACAAUGAGUCUCGCUCUUGGAGAAGAUGAUCUGCUGGGUCACUGAUCUGCGUUUGCUAGGACUGCCUGUGUCAUUAGUGUUACCUAAUGUGCUUUUACACAUUUGUAAAGACAGCUUUGGUAAAAUACCAUGAAGAUGGAUUUCACAGAUAGAUAAAAGACAACUACCUUCUGAUCCUGUAUUUUGAGAGAUUGAUGUUUGCAUUUUAUUUCAGUAAACAAUUGCUAAAGACAUGACAAUAGAACACAUGCAAUGUUUUUAUUAUAUACUUCUGAACAUUACAGACUUCUUUGGGUUCUUUGUAAAUUAAUGAAUAGAUUUGAAAACUUAUGACCCAAUAUUUGUUAUAACUUAGAGGAUUUUGUUUCACUUCAAAUAACGUAUGAAUUUGCAUUUAAAAUCUUAAUGAAUGAAUGUUUUCAAAAAUGAAUAGUUAACAUAGUACUCUAACUAAAAGUCUCCAAGUUAUGUAUUCAUAAUAUUACAUAGUAGUAUGCUUAGGCUUUACUAUGUAUUAGCCCUUUGUUGGACUUGUGUAUGUAUUUUAUCACAUGGGUUUUAAUGAUAAUGGUGUAUGACUGCUUUACAUUUGAGUCCUUUUGCAUCUGGAUGCUAAAAAUAAAGUGGAAUGGUCUUUUAAAAAGAAAAAAAGAAAAAAAAAACAA